CAACUUCCGUUUCCGUGCAGACCGCAAGGAGCAAAAAUACCAUGGCGAAGGCCGCGGAUAAGAGCGGCAGCAGCGGAAAGAAAGGGCUGAAGCGGAAAGCCGCUACUGAAGAACCUCAGGAGGCUGCAGUCGCUGAGGAUGGGACGACGGAAAGCGGAGUCCAACCCCCGAAGGCGGCUGCCUUUCCCCCAGGCUUCAGCAUCUCGGAGAUUAAGAACAGACAACGGCGACACUUAAUGUUCACGCGGUGGAAACAGCAGCAGCGGAAGGAAAAGUUGGCAGCUAAGAAAAAACUUAAAAAAGAGAGAGAGGCUCUUGGUGAUAAGGCUCCACCAAAGCCUAUACCCAAGACCAUAGACAACCAGCGAGUGUAUGAUGAAACCACAGUAGACCCUAAUGAUGAAGAGGUUGCUUAUGAUGAAUCUACAGAUGAAUUUGCUUCUUACUUCAACAAACAAACUUCUCCCAAGAUUCUCAUCACUACAUCAGAUAGACCUCAUGGGAGAACAGUACGACUCUGUGAACAGCUCUCCACAGUUAUACCAAACUCACAUGUUUAUUACAGAAGAGGACUGGCUCUGAAAAAAAUUAUUCCACAGUGCAUCUCAAGAGAUUUCACAGACCUGAUUGUUAUUAAUGAAGAUCGUAAAAUACCAAAUGGAUUAAUUCUGAGUCACUUGCCAAAUGGCCCAACUGCUCAUUUUAAAAUGAGCAGUGUUCGUCUGCGUAAAGAAAUUAAGAGAAGAGGCAAGGAACCCACAGAACACAUUCCUGAAAUAAUUUUGAACAAUUUUACAACACGACUGGGUCAUUCUGUUGGACGUAUGUUUGCAUCUCUCUUUCCCCAUAAUCCUCAAUUUAUUGGAAGGCAAGUUGCCACAUUCCACAAUCAGCGGGACUAUAUCUUCUUCAGAUUCCACAGAUACAUAUUCAAGAGUGAAAAGAAAGUGGGAAUUCAGGAACUUGGACCACGUUUUACCUUAAAAUUACGAUCUCUUCAGAAAGGAACCUUUGAUUCUAAAUAUGGAGAAUAUGAAUGGGUCCAUAAGCCCCGGGAAAUGGAUACAAAUAGAAGAAAAUUCCACUUAUAAAGUACUGAGGGGACAGUAUUGGAUUGUGCUGAAUAGGCCUACCUUGAAUUUAUGAAAGAAGACCCUUUUCAAAAUGGCAUUUACUGAUUUCAUAAGCCGUCUUUCAUGUCUGGACAAAGUACCAAGUGCCAUGAACUGCCACUCACUAUUUAUGUAGCAAAUAAAAGGUCAUUUUGGUAAGAGUCUGUAAGUUCAAUUUAAGUUUCCUAAAACUUAUUUCUCUUAUUUUUAGGUAAUUGUGAAUAGUUUAAAUUGGAAUCAAGAUUCAAACUAA